AACUUUCAGAAACAUGUUAAUUUCGUGUUAUUAUUUUGAGAAAGGCAGCAUUCUGUAACAUAAAAAGUCAAAAUAUGUUUGGAUGCACCUGGUUUAACCUUCAUUAGAUAACACAUUCAAAAUUCUGGAUAAACAUAGAUGCCGAAAGCCACACAAAAAUCAGGUGCUAAAUCGACAAAUGGUGCUUGUGUCUUUUGCAAUUCCAGCUGUGAAAAUGAGGAGCUUCUUGGCAAAAAGUUGGCCCGGAAAAACCUUACUGUUCAUUAUUUUUGUAUGUUGUUUGCCAGUGGUUUGUUUCAGAGUGGAAAGGAUGAACUGGAUGGCAUCCUUGGGUUUCUGCCUAGAGACAUCAUAAAGGAGGUCCAAAGAGGCAAAAAACUGAAAUGCUGUUUUUGUAAAGAGAAAGGUGCUACCAUUGGCUGUGUGGUACGCUGCUGCAGACAAGUGUUUCACUUUGGUUGUGGCAGGGAUAACGGUGUCCUCAACCAGUUUUUCGGGACUUACAGUUCCUACUGUGAAGAGCACAGGCCCAGGCAGACUGUCCCUACCAGUGACAGGUUAGCCUUCCACGGCACAGCCAAGGCUGUGUGUGCAAUAUGUAUGUGUGCCGUGGAGGCCAGAGCUUCCAACGAAACACUCAGGGCACCCUGCUGUAAGAAUGCUUGGUUUCACCGCUCUUGUAUCCAGAGACAAGCUACAUGCUCUGGAGUUUAUUUUUUCAAGUGUCCUUUGUGCAACAAUAAAGAUUACUUCCAACAUGAAAUGCUGGAGUUUGGCAUAUACAUUCCUGACCAAGAUGCAGAGUGGGAGCUGGAACCUGAUGCAUACCAGGAAUUACUAGAGAGACACUGCAGGUGUGACAAGAUCAAGUGCCAGUGCCCCAAGGGGAGAGAAUACAACAAGGACGGCAGUAAAUGGGAGAUUAUCCUCUGUGUGUACUGUGGAUGUCAAGGCACUCACAUGCAGUGCUCCAGUCUUAAGGGAUCGGCCCCGUCAUGGACAUGUGAUGAUUGCUUUGAUAUAGCGAGGAGGUCAAAGAAAGGCCAAGCCAGAAGUCCAAAGUUUUCUCCUCUUCACAAGAAGAAUGAUACAAACUGGUUGAUGGAGAAGUUUAACAAGGAAAAACUUGAAGCUGCCGGCCAGGGAGAAAGUAGUGCUGAUAAAAAAAGAAAAUAUUCAUCAGACAGCUCAGAGGAAGAUCAUCAAAGUCCUAAUCAGAAAAAAAGAAAGCAUCUUUCUUUCACCAAUGUUUCAAACUCUGCAACAAAUUCUUCAGAUUUGUCCAAGUCCACCAGUAAACAAGGUAAACGCAAAUACAAAAAGAGACGGUCCACAUUAAAGAAAGAUCUAGAUGAAGAUUUGAACAAGGAUACUUCUGCGGGCAAAAGUGGAGAUUCUGCUAUUUUGAGACGGCAAAGAAGGUCAUGCUCUUUGACACAAAUCCCCUUGGUGGUAACUGGAAAGACUGCACGUCUGCUCAAAGGACUAGAAAUUGAUAUGACUCCAAAGCACAAUUUGAGUUCAGUAAGACCUGCAAUAAUUGCACAGGAAGCCCCGAAGACAUUAGGCAAUGAGCUGAGAAAAUUGGCCAUUUCUAUGACACCAAAAUUUGACUAUUCCAGCAUGGCAAUAGGGGCAACAAGUGACUCGUUUAAGUCUCAAAAGAAGAAAGGUCACAGCCCUGCUAAGAAUGAUAGUGAGUCUGCAAUGACUAAGAGUCCUGCAGAGAAGACUGAUUCUGUAGUCAAUGCCAGCAAAAGCACAUGCACUAGCAGUAAAGCACAGUGUGCUGAAGACAAGAGUAGAGACUUGAACAUAGAUGUGGAAGACCUUCCUCCAAAGAUUACAGGCAGAUCAAGCAUAAAAAGACUGACCUUGGAAGAUAUGAAAAAGGAAGAAAAAGGCACCUCGGGUGGAGGGGAUCCUACUAGUACCCAGCUACCAAAAGGCCUCUCUGUGCCAUCUUUCACAGAGGAACCAACUGAAAGUCCUAUUGAACUUGAUGAUGAAACUUCCUCCCAUGCUUCAGAAUCAGAGUAUCUUGAUUUGGAUAAACUGCAUAUCCCCUCUUUUCAUUCUAAGAAUCUGAACAUAACAGCUUGCUCUCCCAGUCAAGGAUCAGUUGGGCAACAUCAUCUAAUUUAUACAGCUGAGGAGAGUUUUGAGGAGGAAUAUGAAGAAGUUGACAUUUUAUAUGACGAGGGAUGUGUCAAGAAGGCAAAUGUUGUUGAUGAGGAGUUUGAAUUGGUUGACCUUUCAGAAAAUGAUGUUAUAUAUGUUAAGACUGUAGCUCAGGGUGAGAAGGAAAAAGAAAUUGAAUUGGCAGAAAGUGAAGGAUGUUCUAACAAAAUUGAUCAGCCCAGGAAUGCCAAGGCAGUCUACAUGGAAAUUUUCCUCGCAUAUUGUGAGCAGUUUAUAGAGAAAAUGAACAAUACUAGGGAGAAGUGUAAAGUUCCUGACCACCGAAAGACGAAGGGCUAUAUUGAGAAAAAAGACCAGGUUAGCAGUAGUGAGACAUACAAGGUAUGUUCUGCAUGCCCUGAAAACUCACCAUCAUGUGACCCGGUCAGUUCACUGCCCAGCAGCCCGGCCAGUUGUGAAGAGAAGUAUCACAUUAAAGGUGAUGACAAUUGCCAGCAUGUUGAGGCACUUGAGGACUGGGAUAGUGGUUACUGUGAAUUCACAGCUCUGGCCUUAGGAGAUUCAAAAAUAGAUGCUUCUCCUUCAACAUCAAAGGUCAAAGGAGUCAACUUUCCUGCUGAACUGUUUGCAUCUGAAAUUAAACCUGAAACUGAAGGACAUGAAGAUCAGCCAAUCGGGUCAACCCCUGCAAGUGGAUGCUGUGAAAAUGUUUUCACACAGCCUUCCCACACAGCAUCUCUGACACAUUCUUCAAGUGAAAUACCUGUCGCAAAGCUUUCAUGUACAGGACCACUGGCAGGGCCUUCAAACAUUCCAACACUUCCACAGCCUUUUGACACACCACCACAGGUUGGACCUAGGUACACAGCACCACAAUUUGGUCCUACAUACACAGCACCACUUCCACAGGCUUCAUACAAAGCACCACCUUCAUACACAGCACCCCUUCCUCAGCCUUCAUACAAAGCACCUCCUUUGUACACAGCACCCCUUCCUCAGCCUUCAGACAUGGCACCACUUCCACAGGCUUCAUACAAAGCACCACCUUCAUACACAGCACCCCUUCCUCAGCUUUCAGACAUGGCACCACUUUCAAAGCCUCCAUACAAAGCACCACCUUCCUACACAGCACCCCUUCCUCAGCCUUCAGACACGGCACCACUUUUGGGGUCUUCUUACACAGCACCACAACUAGGGCCUCCUUACACAGCACCACAUGUGGGACCUACAUACACAGCACCACAGGUGGGGCCUAUGUACACAGGACCACAGGUGGGGCCUAUGUACACAACACCGCGGGUGAGGCCUUCAUAUACAGCACCAUAUUCUCAAUCAUCAUACCCAGCGUCUCUGACACGCUUGGUUAACCUGAUACCUCUGAAACAACCUUUAUGUUCACUCCCACUCUCAGAGACUUCAAACGGUGCACGUCGCCCAAACACAGCACCGCUUGCAAGACCAUCAAACGCAGCACCACAAACACAGCACUUUGAUCCAGCACCAUUGCCUGGCCGUCAUACGUACCAGCAACACAGACAGCUUUAAUACCCAGCACCACUGAGACAAACUUCCUUUCCUGCAUCGCCGACAGCACAGUUAUCCGGACUCUCCUUGUUGUACAGUGCAAUAUACAAAACCAAAUGUCGUGGCCGUUACCAAGGGUGGAGAUGACAGGGUUGAGCAGCUUCAGUUGGUUGUGAAUGUGUGUCAUUCUUUUCAAAUUUGCCCCUUUGGCAAAUUUUAUGGCUAUGAUACUGGUAAAGGGCUAAGGUUACCAAGAUCAACCAAUCGAUUGCCAAAAAGCAUCUCCAGCAAAAGUACAUUAUCCGUAAAUUAAAUAUACUAUUUAUAUAAAUAAAAAACUAAUAUACAGUAAUAACUUAUUUACAGCUAUAAGAAAUACAUAUCUUUAUUAUACAAGCAUAUGGUAAUACGAGUUAUCAACGAGGACCGUGUGGAUGGAUGUACUUAAGUUUGAUAUAAUUUAAAUGCGUCUGCACAGCAGGUUCAACGGUAUCCUGGCUUGCACCAUCUUGGCCCAGUAAAAACGAGAAAAACUGAACGCAGGGCCGCUUGAUGCUAAACUGCCGUAUGCACCAGCUGUAUAUAGUACCGUUUGAACAUUUAUAUUGAAUUUUGAAUAUUUUGUGAUCCAUUUUAAUUUUUCGUUUAUUAUUAGAUUCCAGUAGAUUGUAAUUAGAUGCUAAUAUCGUUCGUUUAUUGAUGGGAAACUAUUGGUUAUUUUUAGGAUGCUCAUAAAUUGUGAUUAGUAUAAGUUGCUAUGAGUAUCAGUUUUGUGACGUCAGAUAUGAUGUUUUUUUUUUUUUUUUUUUUUUUUUAGUUAACGAAACAGAUUAUUUAAAGCGUUAGACCCAGAUUGGUGGAUCAAUUUAUUAUUAGGGUGUGAUUUCAAAGAACUUUCUAUCAUUUAUUUUUGAUCACAUGCUUGCUCUUCUUUCUUAAUGUCUUGUUUAAUUUCGUGUGAAGCACGUUGGUGAAUUGUUUCAAUCACAAAAUUUCGUUAACAUAUCCAUUCAAGUAAUAUAAAUAGAUGUUUAUUUUUCACUGAAAUGAUUUUUUUUCCUAGGCAUCCCCUUAAUUCUUUUUGAUUGAUUUCAUUUUAUGUACUUUUUAUCUCAU